AUGAUGCUGUCUAGGCGGUCGUUUUUAGACACGACCAGCAGUAUCUCGUGCUCGGUACUCUUUUGACUGUACUCUACAACUGUACACAAACACGCGCUGAUCUCACGCGUCUGCUGUCUUUGAGAGGAGGGACCGUUUCUGGUUUAGUCAUGCUGUAAAGCGCUAAAUAAGCAGAUGUUUCCUAUGGCUGGCGUCAGAUACGACCGUAUCUUUUAACAGGACCUUGAAGGAUGGCAGCAAAGGAAGAUCUUUACUGUAAGAUUAUUCCGCGCAGACUUCGACAGAGCAAUUGUGUCUCUGUCAAACACUAUGGAUCUCACCUGGAUGUGCUUCUGUCGAUGGGAUUUCCUCAACACAGAGCAUUGAAAGCUCUGGCAUCAACUGGAGGCAGAAGUGUUCAGCUUGCAUGUGACUGGCUUUUCUCUCAUUUGGAUGACCCUUUUCUGGAUGACCCUUUACCUAGAGAGUAUGUGCUAUAUCUGCGUCCCAGUGGGCCUUUACAAAACCAACUUUCCCAUUUCUGGCAGCAGUCUCGCUUGACCUGUGGGAAGAACAAAGCUCACAACAUCUUUCCACACAUCACACUUUGCCAGUUCUUUAUGUGCCCAGACAAUAAAGUUGAGGCUCUGCGUGAAGCCCUACAGUCCACAGUGAAACAGUGGAGGGGGAGAUUUCCCAGCUCUCUGCCACUGGAGCUUUACACCUCCACUAACUUCAUCGGCCUGUUCGUGGAUGAGCAGGUGGCUGAGACUCUGAGGAAGUUUGCGACUGACUUUGCGGUGGAGGCUGCCACUAAAGCUGAUGUUCAUGUGGAACCUCAUAAAAAGCAACUUCAUUUGACUCUAGCUUAUUACUUUCCACCCAAUCAUUUAUCUUCCUUGGAAAAGUUGGCUAAAGGGAUCGAGGUCAAGCUGGGCUGUGAUUGGCUCGCUGCUCUCUUCUCACGGGACAUGAGAUUUGUGAAUCAUGAGACUUUGCGAGUGAUGUACCCCUACAUGCCUCAGAAUGAUGAUGAGCUGGAGCUGGUGCCAGGAGAUUUCAUUUUCUCAUCUACAAUGGAGCAACUGAGCACUAGUGAGGGCUGGGUGCAUGGUACAUCUCAGGGUACAGGCGUUUCUGGACUGCUGCCUGAAAACUAUGUCAGCCCUGCUGAUGAAUGCGACACAUGGGUCUUCCAUGGGUCACACUCAUUCUUUUGCACUUCUCCAUCGGAAAAGGGCUGCAAAGAGAGUAAAUCAUUGGACGGGCUGCUUGGCCUCCGCUGCUUGGAUAACUCAAAGCUGAGCGAUUCUGCCAUCUUCAAUGUUAUUUGCCAACCAAUGCAGGUGCUGCGAUCCAACCUUCAGUCUCGCCCUCCUAAAAGGACCCUGUUCGUAUGUAGGCAUGGAGAGCGAAUGGAUGUUGUGUUUGGCAAACACUGGCUCUCACAGUGUUCUGACUCAAGAGGCAGGUAUAUGAGAAAUAACCUGAAUAUGCCUGCUGUGCUACCUGCCCGGGGUGCAGAGCAAAGGUUAUAUGAAAUGGAUGCCCCUAUUACAGUGGUUGGAUUAACACAGGCCAGGAUAGUGGGUGAGGCUAUACUAGAAAGUAACACCACUAUUGAUUUUGUAUACUGCUCACCCAGCCUCCGCUGUGUCCAGACGGCUCAUGAAAUCCUCAGAGGAUUGCAGCAAGAUGGCAGAAUAAGUAUUCGAGUGGAGCCUGGGCUUUUUGAGUGGACUAAAUGGGUCUCAGGGACAUCUUUACCUGAUUGGAUUUCCCCCACAGAUCUUGCUGCAGCCAAACUAAAUGUAGACACAACGUACAGACCUCAUAUCCCCAUUAGCAAACUAACCGUCUCAGAGACAUACGAGACGUAUAUUAGUCGGAGCUACCAGGUGACCAAAGACAUUUUGGCUUACUGCAAAAAUAAGGGAAACAACAUUCUGUUUGUUGGACACGCUUCUUCAUUGGAAGCCUGUACCCGCAAGAUCCAAGGCCUUCCACCCAAAAAUCCUAAAGAUUUUGUGCAAGGUGUACGAAAGAUUCCGUACCUGGGUCUCUGUGCCUGUGAGGAACAAGGGGAUACAGGAGUGUGGCAGCUGGUGGACCCCCCAAUUCUGCCACUUACUCAUGGGCCCAAUCACAGCUUCAGCUGGAGAGAGACCCUACAGCAAGAAUGACCUCAUCUUUAUAGUCUUUCCUCAAGGGACACAAUGAGAGAGACUGCAAUAAUACCUGAACUGGAAGCAAAAAACUGAGCGUUUUUUAAUAUAUAUGAUAUUUGUCACGUUUAUGUUUAAAUUAUGCAAAUGAGAUGUUGAUAUUAAAUCUGGACAGAUGAAUGCAAAUAUGUGGUAGUGUUAACUGGGCCUUUAAACAGGCUUUCUCGGGACAUUGGCACAGUGAUAAAUAAUAAAAUUAAAUAAUGCAGCAGUUAUCGUAAACAUCUCAUCACUUUUUGCCAUGCAGCUAUGUACUUUCCAAUGACAUGUUAAAGAAUUUAAAGGCAAUCAUGCAAUCUCAUAAUGCUUGUUUGAAAUUAAUUUGCA